AUGAAUUUGACCAAGUGCGUUAUACGGCAAACAAUUCAAGACUUUUACUUAAAAGAAAGGAAAGUACCAUCCCUCAGAAAAUUACUACCCGUGUUGAAAGAAAAAAUUGGAUUUUCGUGGCAAAAAGACACAUUGUGCAAAGUCUUACAUUUAAUGAGUUUCCGAUGGAAGAAGUGCGUGAAUAAUAGAAAAGUACUCAUGGAAAGACCAGAUAUUGUUUUUUGGAGACACAGAUAUUUGAGAGAAAUGAGAUGUCACAGGAAAGCUGGACGACCUAUUGUCUAUAUUGAUGAAACGUGGGUAGACAGCAAUUUGACAUUUAAGAAAUGUUGGCAAGAUGACACAGUUUUGGGAGUUACAGCAACAGUUAAUUCGAAAAAUAGACUUAUAGUUGUUCAUGCUGGUUCAUCAACGGGUUUCCUUACGGGUGCUUUACUAGUAUAUAAAGCAUCAACAAAAAGCGGCGACUAUCACGGGCAAAUGAACUAUGAAAACUUUAAAAAAUGGGUGUUGGAAAAACUUCUUCCAAAUUUGCAACCAAACAAUGUCGUAUUCAUGGAAAAUUCACCGUAUCAUACGACUGUCGAAAACCCCACUCCAACGAAGUACUCUACAAAAAAAGUUAUGAUAGACUGGUUGAAAAACAACGGAAUACCCUGCUAUCAAAAAAUGCGAAAAGCGAAACUGUUCUCUCUUAUAGACAGUAAUCGUCCGAAGAAAAUUGUCUAUAAAAUUGAUAAUUUAAUAGAGAAAGAAGGACAUGAAGUUAUCCGAAUACCCCCUUAUCAUUGCGAUUUGAACGCAAUCGAAUUUGUGUGGUCCUCUGUAAAAAGAAUAAUAAAGGAACGAAAUGUUACUGGCGAUUUAAGUUUGGACAAUCUGAAAUAUCUUCUUCAAACAGCUAUCACUGAAGUUACUUCGGCAGAAUGGGCAGCGCAUUGCAAACACGUAGAAAAGCUUGAAAAUAAUUAUUGA